AUGCUGCACGUAUUCCGGUCGCUGCUGCCCGUCCGGCUUUUCGGGGCAGCUGGGUGGCUGCCUGGCGGCGCAGCCACUUCCAUCGGACCGGAGCCGCGAUUGUUCUCAGGGCUGCGCAACAAAAAUGCCAAAAUCAAGAACCCCUACUACAGGAAGAAGGGGAUCUGGGAGUGGCGAAGGAAGCUCAUUUUCAGGCUCAAUAGGGCGCGGUACAGAAGGCAAUUCAUAGUGCCCAAGGUCAUUGAUCCGGAAGAAGCAGGGGUAAAAAGCAAGCACAGUGCCAACGUCUGGGAGUUCACAAUAGACGGAUUGCCGAUAGGACUAAAACGGCUCAAGCUGUAUACGAAACUGCUCACACAUCUGCACCUGCAGGACGCCAUCGACUGGCUCUAUGCCAUGCCGAAUGUACGCACCAACCGGAUAUUGAAUGCGCUCAGCGAUGCGCAAAAGAAAAUAUACGAACAGUACAAUGGAGACCCCAGCAGGCUCUACAUCCAAAACAUGAUCAUCAACUACAAACCCCCAAUGAAGCAAAUCAAAUACCAUGCGUGCAGGAACUUCGGCAUCAUGUCCACGUGGCGUAACUCCAUAGUCUAUCGCAUCAGGGAGAUGCCAAUGAACGAGUUCUACCAGAAGAUCUUCAUACUGGGCAGGGUGAGUGGUCAGCAGCCAGGUGUUUACCUAGCGUGCUUGUGUUAUUUUACUGCUUAA